AUGAGUCCUAGAAAUAAACUUAUAAAUAAUAACAUUAUAAAUAAUAUUAGUCAUAAUAGUAAUAAUGAGGAUAAUGUAAAACAAAUGAAUACGAAAACUAAUAGUAGUGGGAAGAAAAACAAAUUAUCCUUCUGGAUGAGAAAGAUUAUCUUAUCAACUAACACUAAUAACACCUCCUCCUCUUCUUCUCCUGUAAUGAAUAAUAGUGGUUAUGGUUCCAAAAAUGAACUUCGAAAUGGUACAACUCUUCAAAAAUCUAAAAAUAAUUCUCGAUUUAGCAAAGGUAUUGAAAACAACCCUUUGGAUGUUCGACUCGAUAAGAAUAGUCGAGAUGUAGAAAAAAAUAACAGAAAUUAUGAUAAUAAUAUAGAUAGUGAUUUAGGGAGUUCAGACGUAUACACUACAACUACAAAUUUAUCGAUUAAACCAAUUUUUCAUAAGGAUGAUUUAAACAUUAAUACUGUUGAAUCAAUAUCAAAUGAUACUUUGACUACAAUGACCAAUUCAAUAAAGAAAUUACAAUGGGAUAAUGAACCAGAAAGAUGUAAAACUGAGAAUAUAACAACAAUUAACAAUAACACUACUAAUGCUAAUACUAAUAAUACUAGUAAUAAUGAUAUUUCCUCGAUGAUUCCCAUGAUUUCAUUUUAUUCAGCAUCUGUGAGAUCGCCUUCAAUGUUUUCAGAUAUUAAUUCAAUUCAAUCAACUAGACCCACUAUUAUGUCAAUAAAAACUAUGGAAACAAAUUCCAGUGUUAUGGCAAUCCCCCCUGCAAGUAUAAUUGAUAGAGCAAGACCGACAAGUAAUCCAGAGUCUUCAAUACCUCAUAGUUCAUAG